AUGAUGAAUCUGUUGUUGUCACGCGUGGGAUUCACCAGAAAGGUGAGUCACCUGACGCCAUUCUUUUCUUUCCCGACUUUGAACACGAUGCUUGACGAAUUCAGCACCGAAGAGCUCAAGACGCUAGAGGCGGCGCUGUCAUUAAUCGACGACAGCGGAAAUGAUGCUGCUAGAAGUGACAACAUGGAAAACAGCGUGGACCUCUCCGAUCCACACGAAGUGGAGGCUUUUGCAGGCCCUGUGUUUCAAGCGAGCAAGGCGGAGGUUUGCAAAGACAAUAUCUGCUCUAGUCCAGACACUCAAGAAAUUCUGCGUCUCAAGGCUAAGCUAUCCGUACCAGGAAGAAACCGCUCCCGUGACCUUCAGAAGCUAGAGGUGUUACAGUUGCGAGUGGAGGCUGCAGCACUACUACAACGAGUAGACGAGCUGAAAGGGAAACGCGACACACCAGUCAUCGCAGUGGCAACUGUAAGAGGCUUCCCAGUUGGGAAUUCAGGGCUGAUUAAGCGAGUGCGACUAGAUGCGUGGCAAAACCUCGCGAUGAAGCACAAAAAACUUCGGCUAGAAGCGGAAGCGGAAAACCAAAGCUUACGCGAACAGUAUGCUAAUCAACUCAAAACGGCAAGGACGUUUAAGAAGCUGAUUUUGAAGCAGGCAUCGUUGAAAGGUAAACUUGACUAUCUGGUGCAACCCCGCCAUCGCCCAGCUUCGACGUUAUCAAUAUAGCUCACAUACAACUGAACAAAGUACCCUACCAGUGUCUUGUGAAAUAGUGACGCACGGGUUUGCUACAGAGUGUCCAGGCCAUCUUGACUGAGGGGAAAAUAUGCAAUAGAAAGCUAGUUUAUCACACUCAUAGCAAGUUGGAAAGUACUUCUUAGGACGGGUUA